AUGACGUCACUGACUGCUGUAAUAGGCGUGACAGGUUUUCAAUCUUCACGGCAUCUACAAUUGCGUCACAGACCGGGCCAGGUGACAGCCAGAAAUAAAUCCAUAUCUGAAUCAGAAGUUGUCCUUACCAACCGUACAAUGGGAAGGCAAUAUUGGGGUGAUAUAUUCUACAUGCAGCCAUUGCCCAUCAGACUGCUCCUGCCCACGGUGCUGCCCAUGCUGCGCCUGAUGCUGCAGUCGAUGUUCCGCGGGGACGGGAGUGCCUUCGAGCCGCCGCCGCGCGUGUACGAUCAGUACGACUUCGUCAUUGUCGGGGGAGGCACCGCAGGAAGCGUGAUGGCGGCGAGGCUGUCGGAGGUGCGGGAGUGGAAAGUCCUUCUCCUGGAGGCGGGCGGCGUCCCGACCCCCGAGACGCGCGUCCCCGGGCUCAGCCGCCUCUUCUACUUCCCCAGCGCCGUCAACUGGAACUACGAGCUGGCGCCCCAGAGGCACGGCCUCAGGAACUACGACAACAGGAGCAGCCCCAUUCCUCAAGGGCGUGUCCUAGGCGGCUCCUCCUCGAUCAACGGCAUGCUGUACGUGAGGGGCAACAGGCGCGACUAUGACAACUGGGCCGCCCUCGGGAACCCCGGCUGGGACUACGAGUCGGUCCUCCCUUACUUUAAGAAGUCGGAGGACUUCCGCGGCCCGCACCGUGGGGAAACAGCCCCCAAACCACAGUAUAUUCCUCCACCCUCCCUCACGCCCAUCCCGCCCCCAGAGCACUACCACGGGCGCGGCGGCCCUUACACCGUGACCCCGAAGGAAGGACCGCACCUGCCCAUCACCAACGCCUUCCUCAGGGCCGGCCAGCACCUCGGCUUUGACGUCAUCGACCCGAGCGGCCCCGAGCAGAUCGGUUUUGCGCCCACGGAGUAUGUCACGAGGAAUGGCGAGCGUUGGUCCACCGCCCGCGCCUACCUCCAGCCCGCCGCCCGCCGCCCCAACCUGCAUGUGGUGCACUCCGCCUUUGCCAUGAAGGUGAUUGCUUGCGGGUGUGGACAUUAUAUUCGACAAGAAAACAGAGCGGUUGGAGUCGUCUACAAGCAUAACGAUCAGAUUAAAACUGUUUACGCCCGUCGUGAGGUGAUCCUGUCGACGGGCGCUCUGGUCUCGCCCAAACUGCUCAUGCUGUCGGGCGUCGGGGCCGGGCACCAGCUCCGGCGCCACGGGAUCAAGGUGGUCGCCGACCUCCCCGGCGUCGGCCAGAACCUCCAGGACCACAUGUGCCUCUACGGCCUGACCUGGAAUGUGGACGUCCGGACGCCCAACGUGGCCUUCGAGGCGGUCAACCCCGGGGUCAUCAGGCAGUACGCGAGCGAGAGGAAAGGACUGUACACAACGCCCCUGGGAGAGUUCGGUCACGCGUGGUCCCGUGUGUCCGGCGAAGGGGACCCGUACUGGCCCGACGUCCAGCUGUUCAUGGUGUCUUCGGGUCUCGGGCAGGAGGGGCUCAUGGCCGCGCACGCUCUCGGGCUCAAUUCUGCGAAGUUCAUGGAGUACUUCACGCCCCAAUUCGGCCGCCCUGGACUCACGAUGAUGCCUUACCUGAUGCGUCCCAAGAGCCGGGGCGCCGUGCUGCUCAGGUCGCGGAAUCCCUUCGACGCCCCCGUCGUGGACCCGAACUACCUGAGUCACCCCGACGACAUCGACCCUGGUCCAUGUCACAUCAGUUAUUCUAUUCAUUCCUCAUUCCGUUUCGUGUCGCUCCUCGCCGGACUUUGCUUUAACGGGGUUGUCGUGGAGUUUCAAAGACUAAGAAUACAAGAAAAAAAACAAUACAUUUUCGUCAGUGAUAAUAGCUCCAUCAGAUGGGCGCUGAAGGUCGGCGAAACCCCUCCUUUCGCCCUGGGUCUCGGGGCCAAGUUCUACUCCAGGCCUCUGCCGCAGUGCCAGGAGAAGCCCUUUGGCUCAGACGCCUACUGGAGGUGCUUCGUCCUCCACAUGGCUACCACCUUCUACCACUUCGGCGGCACGUGCAAGAUGGGUCCCGAAUCUGACCCUUACAGCGUACUGGACGAGAAGCUGAGAGUUCGCGGCGUGAACGGCCUCCGCGUGGUCGACGGCUCCAGCAUGCCCGUGGUGACGUCAGGAAACAUCAUGUCCGCGAUUGUGAUGAUGGCGGAGAAGACGGCAGACCUCAUCAAGAGCGAAUGGGCGCCGGCAGCCUAGAGGGAGA